GCUAAUAAAUAGGAAAUUCCGAUAGCCUCUCUGAGUCCUCACCCAGCUCUCCAGUAGUAACGAGCCCCUAUUAGGAGCGUGAUUUGACACAACCGCUGCGAGUUCAGUUCAAGUCUCUGAUCUAUAGCCACGCUGCACUGCGCGUGCCCACUCAACUCAAGUCCUAUCACACAGUUUGAAUUAUAACCGCUCUCGACUAGCUCCAGCAGUUCAGUCGUUCCGCGACAUUCCACUCGAAGUGUUGUGUUUUUAGUUUCGAAAGAGUUUGUAACCGUUGAUCAAAGAUGCGCAUCGGAGCAACCAUCCCCAACUUCAAGGCCGAUACGACCAAGGGUCCUAUCGACUUCUACGAGUGGCUCGGUGAUUCAUGGUGUGUCCUGUUUUCGCAUCCGGCCGAUUUCACUCCGGUGUGCACCACCGAGCUGGGCCGUAUUGCCGUCCACAAGGAGCACUUUGAGAAGCGUAACGUGAAAGUCCUGGCCCACUCGGUCGACGAUCUGAAGUGCCAUGUCGAUUGGGUUAAUGAUAUCAAAUCGUACUGCCCGGAUAUCAUCGGCAACUUCCCGUAUCCGAUCGUUGCCGACCCGACUCGUGAGCUGGCGGUGAAGUUCGGAAUGCUGGACGAUAAGGACAAGGAUGAUCCGGAGCUGGCCCAAACUGUCAGGGCGUUGUUCAUUAUCAGCCCGGAUCAUCGCGUUCGGUUGACGAUGCACUAUCCCACAUCAACUGGAAGGAAUGUCGAUGAAAUCCUGCGGGUCAUCGAUUCACUGCAGCUGACCGACCGUCUCAAAGUGAUUGCCACGCCCGCCAACUGGACGCCCGGCACCAAAGUAAUGAUCCUACCGAGUGUCUCCGAGGCGGACGCUGAUAAGAUGUUCUCCAACAUUGAGCGCGUUUCGAUGCCAUCGGGUAAUGUGUACGUGCGCACCACCACUGAUUAUGAGUAACGAUCCACGAUAUGUGGGUACACCCUAUAGAUAGAGUCAAGUGCAUCAAGCGCAAGUAUGAGUUGAAUUGCUGAAGCCAGACGCGUAUUUCGUAUGCAUGAUAUUAUAUAUUCAUUUUACGACACAAACA